AUGUCCCCCCGUGUCCCACCAUGUCCUGCGUGUCCCCCCGUGUCCCCCGUGUCGCCCCCGCUCGCGGGACGCCCCCAGCCCACGCUGUCCCCACGCAGGCGGCUGCUCAUCGAGGACCUGGAGGCCCGGAUCGCCCUCAUGCCGCUGCUGCAGGCCGAGGCGGACCGCAGGACCCUGCGCCUGAUGCGGCAGAACCUGGACGAGGAAGCCAAGAUCAUGAAGGACGUGCCCGGGUGGCAGGUGGGAGAGUCCGUGUUCCACACGGAGCGCUGGGUGCCGCCCACGCUGGACGAGCUCUACUACCUGCGGCCCAGCAGCGAGCUGGACAACGAGAAGUUCGGCCUGCAGUACUACGUGUGAGCGCCCCAGCGGCUGCCGUUAAAGCUGCUCCCGUGGAAUUCCCGUGGAAUAAAGUCCCAGGAAU